AUGAAUAAUGAGGAGAUCAUUUUCAUUAUAGACAAACUUGACUCCUCAAAUGAGGAUGAAAUCUUACGUGGUCUAAAUCUUUUAGAUAAAUAUCUAAUACGUUUAGUCACGGAGCUUGAAAUAUGUUCAAGUAAUGGUGGUGGUAAUUGUUUCUUGACUUGUGAGUUGGUUGAAAAUUUUGUUCAACUACAAAAUAAUCCUGCUUACAAUAUAGCAUCAUACUUGGUUAGGAUAUACGACUGUAAUUUAUCCGAUAGCAACCUUAUUCUACUCAAUAGGAUGCUUCAAGGGUGCUUGUUAUUGCACCAUUCGUCGAGAUCAAACUUCAACCAUGGUAGAAAUAUGAAGAGAAUUUUGACCAAACUCGAUGAACAUCGAGAUAUUCCAGCUAUAAUAUCGGUCAUAUCAACUUUGAUUCAUAUCUUACUCAAGAAUUAUGAGAAUUAUCGUAGUUUUGAAACCAAUGGUGGUUGUACAAAGUUAAUCCAACACUUGAAGUUGAAUUCAAUCGACGAGAUACCACAACAGAAACCAAAAAAUUCAACCAUGUCGCCAUCCUUAAUUUCGAACCAACAAAAAUUGAACUUUAAAAUAAUUGAGUUCUUAAUGCUCUACAUGAUAGAGGAAACAAACAAUAAAAAUGGGAAAUCAGUCGAAGAGAAGGCUCGGCUAUUUAAACAAGACUUUCCAGAAAUUGACUUAUUAGUUGAGAACUUGAAUGAAUUAAGCAAACUAUAA